AUGGUGAACCCAGAGUCAAGCCUAUACCACGCACACCCCGACUGGGUCCUCCACGCAGGAUCAUACCCACGCACCGAACAACGCAACCAGCUCGUGCUGAAUCUCGCGCUACCCGAAGUACAAGAGUUUAUCAUCGACGCCAUCACCAAAAUCCUCAACAGCGCAAAAAUCAGCUACGUGAAGUGGGACCACAACCGUGCUAUCAACGAGACACCCUCCCCCGCCGCAAACCACGCCUACAUGCUGGGAAUGUACCGCGUCUUCGACACUCUCACCUCACGCUUCCCCAAUAUCCUCUGGGAAGAAUGCGCCUCGGGUGGCGGGCGCUUCGACCCGGGAAUACUGCAGUACUUCCCCCAGGUCUGGACAUCAGAUGACACCGACGCCGUGGAACGCAUCUUCAUCCAGAUGGGCACCUCACUGGUCUACCCCGCCAGCGCAAUGGGCGCGCAUGUCUCCGCCGUGCCUAAUCACCAAACAGGGCGAACGGUCCCGCUUACAUUCCGCGCGCACGUUGCAAUGAUGGGCGGGUCGUUCGGGCUUGAGCUCGAUCCGCUGAAGAUGCGCCCUGAAGAGAAAGCAGCGGUACCGGAGCUGAUUGCGUUGGCGGAGAAAGUCAACCCGAUCGUGCUGAAAGGCGACAUGUGGAGACUUAGUCUCCCCGAGGAGUCGAAUUGGCCUGCUGUGCUAUUUGUCUCGGAAGAAGGGGCCAAGGCUGUCUUGUUCUUCUUCCAGAUUAGCCCGAAUGUCAAUCAUACCAUGCCGAGAGUGAGAUUGCAGGGGCUGGAUCCGGGGGCUAUGUACCGCGUUGACGAGCAGGGGCCGUAUUCUGGUGAUAUGCUGAUGAACCCUGGGCUGCAGUAUUCGUUUAGCUCGGAUUAUGCCAGCAAAGUUGUGUUCUUGGAAAGGCUCAAAGUGAUGUGA